CGAAACAUGACCUAGAUAGAUAUUACACCAAUUUGUGGUGUGGUAAACAGUUAAUUUCUUCUAAUAUGACGAACACUCUUUUGAAUUCUAGGAAAGAUUUUUUGAAAUGACUACACUGGAAUGAUAUUAAAAAUUAGGAUUGCAUGGUUAUUUUUGUCUCCGUAGGAAAUAAGACGGUUAUCUAAAAAGAAAGAAGUUAAGAAUAGGUGUAGAACAGAUAAUAGGAAUGGCAAAGGCAUAUGUAAAAAUGAGAAACAAAAAGUUUCCUUACACCAGACGAGUGAAAUAUGAUGAAGAUGAGAUCUUUGACGAAGUUGAUGGUAGAGACCUUAAACAUAUACGUGAUGGUAAAACGGUAACCUCUAAUCGGACUGAAGAGGAAUACCAUGCAGAAGGUAGUCAUGACGAAGUUGAUGCUUGCCACGUUAAUGAGAAUCAUAAUUUUAAGAUGGCACCUUCCAGACACGCUGGAGAUGAAUUUCUUGACAUUAACAGAACUCACGAUAAUGAUGAACUUGAUGGAAGGUAUUCCAUUGUAGAUAACGAUACAAAUGUAGACACCGAUGUAACUACUAAAGAAAGUGUGUCAGUAGUCGAUAAAGCAACAAGUGUUGCGUUGACAUGCUGCUGUGGAAAUAAUUGCUGGAAAACUAAUGAUUACUUUAAUGCUGAAGACUACCCCUUUUUGUUCCGUGGAAUAGAUUUAAUUGCAACUGUUUUAUCAACGAUCUUCUUCCUAUACGAUGUGAUAUCAGAUGUAAUUCUUGCCGAGGAAUAUUACCGUCUACAAAGAUGGAUUUCAUUCGGAUUUACAGCAUCAUUCAUCUUCUUUCCUCAUCUUGUCAUGAAUGCGAUCAAUAUAUCUUGGUAUUAUUGGGACUAUAUGGAAGAAAAGAAGAAGGGAAAGACAACACAGGGGUCGAAAUGGUUUUUACGAGUAGUAUUUUCCUUACCCUUCAUGCUUGGUCCUAUUGUUAGAAAUGUUGAAUACAUCUAUUAUGGCUGUAAAAGUAGAUCAACAUCAUUGUCGGACGGUAGGAGACGUUAUUUCUAUAAAAAUGUUUUAUACGAAGAUGCAGACGCUGCCAUGUUAAGGAUGUUUGAAGCUUUCCUAGAAUCUGCCCCACAGCUAGUUCUGCAAAUAUACAUAAUUAUGACAGAACCAUAUAAUGAUAACCUACUGAUGCAUAUUGUUCGUAUAGCAGCAAUGCUUGGGUCUUGGAUCGGAGUCUCCUGGUCAUUGGUGUCCUAUCAUAAGGCCUUGAGAGCAUCACAUGAUAUAAAGGAACAGGGGAUAUCUUCCUGUGGUGCGAUUUUCUACUAUAUUUGGAGAGCUUGUGAGGUUGCACCUAGAACGAUAGUGCUAGCAUUAUUUGCAGCUCAGUUUGGUUUUCCAAUGCUAGUGGCUAUAGGUCUUCAUUGGGUAGUCAUGUCAGUUUGGAUAGGUUGUCAAAAGCAUGAAAUGAUGAAUAACACUACGAGAGAUAAAGUUAUAUUUAACAUUGUAAUCGGAUAUGUGUUGAUAUUUUGUUUCCAAAAUAUGCAAGAGGGACAAACACGUUACAGAGCCUUAUGUUAUUACUUUACAACAUUUUCUGAAAACAUCAUCAUGUUAAUACUGUGGGCAUAUUUUACACAACACAAAAGUGAAUGGUUUUACCUUGCUGCUAUCGGUACUGUUACUUCAUUCAUGAUUAUUCAAAUUAUUGUCCAGUUAUUGUAUUAUAAAUUCAUUCAUCCUAGCCAUAAAGAAAUUGUAUUAUGUCAUAACAAUAGACCCAACUUUUGUUUAUCAAAUGACUGAUUAAAAACAAUUAUUACCUACUCAUUAUUUCAUUUCUGCUAAUCAUAUGAUAUCAAAAUAAAAUGAAUUUAAUCAGUAA